AUGCUUGUUCUUCUCACCGUCGUCCUUGCCUUCUUGAUGCCUGCGUCAGGCCAGCGCCCUAAUUGCGCUCUGUAUGGGCCUAACACUGUAUGCCACCGCAACAUCAACUACGUAUGCGGCUCGGAUGGUUUCAGCUACGACAACCCCUGCUUCUUUAAAAUUGCUCAAUGUGCCAACCCCAACCUGUUCCAGCGUGCCCAAGGGCACUGUGACGACAUAGCGGUACGCCCGACGAAGGAUGAAUGCGAUCGUGAUGAUGGUACAUGUACCCGCGAGCACAACCCCGUGUGCGGCUCGGAUGGCAAAACCUAUGGCAACCCCUGCGUAUUUCGAGCUGCUCAAUGUAAAGAUCUCAGCCUUACCAAACAAAGCGAUGGGAAGUGCGAAGAAACAGAAUGCUGACCUUGCAUCAGAGUUGU